ACCAGUUAAAUUGUUUGUUUACAUGUAAUUCAGCCAUAUUGCACUAUAUCCCAUUCGUGUAAAAACAGCUAUUCGAAAACGAUAUUAAAGGAUAUAUCAUUGAAUAACAUAGUCAACAUACAGGAUGUCUAAAUUUCUGGGUGACGAUGCUACUUUUUCAUUGAAACUAUCGGAAGUCAUGGGUGACAUAGGAAUACGAGAAGAGAUAGUUCUUAAAAGAAGAAGAUCAUUUAUGUUGAUGGAAACUCUAGAUACAAUUACUCGUCGUAUUCAAGGCAAGAAUAUCACCACUUACAACUUAGGAAGUCAAUCAGAAGGAUCAACAACAGUAGACCUUGACUCCGAUAUUGAUACUCUUUUCGGAUAUCAUGAUUUGAACAUUAUUCUAGACUGGAAAGAAGCAAAGCCCGGAGCAGAAAAUGUUCUAUUGGUUCAGGAUGAAACCACCGCUCCUGGUCAUUGUUAUUUACAAUGUGAAAAACCGAAACUAAAAUUCGUAUAUUCCAUGGAUGAAAAACACUUUCAUUCAUUUGGGAAAAAUAAAUGGCUUUUGAAAAACACAUGCUUUGAUGACGAGGUUAAUUUUAAAUACAAUAGAAAAAAUGGUCCAGCUCAUUCUUUUCAAGGAAAGGUUGCUUACAAUGAAGAAGAUAACGUCAUAGGAUGGCAUUGCAAACAUUGGCCAAGAGAAGCUCGACAAUGGCUGGUAAAUAAAGGCAAAGGUGAUUGGCCAACAGAAGAUAUGAGAAGACAGUGUGAGGCAACUGGAUGUGUCAUUGUACCAGUGAGCAGCAAAAACAGUCAGUACAAGGACCUAGAAUGGAGAAUAUCAACUUGUCUGGCUGAGAGAUGUCUAAUGUUCAGCUUGAAUAUCACACAAAUGAGAUGUUACGUUCUGAUGAAAAUGAUAUUCAGAACAGUCAAGGAACAAACGUUUUCGAUGGUUAAACUUUCAAGUUACAUGUUAAAAAAUGUUCUAUUCAAUUGUAUUCGAAAUACAAAAUCAUGUGAGUGGACAGAAAACAAAUUGUUUGAUUGUUUGAAAAAAUGCCUUUUAUAUUUAGAAACUUGCAUCAGAGAACAAAAUUGUUCACAGUUUUUUAUUCCUGAAAAUAAUCUCUUGAGAGGGAAAAGCUGUCAAAGUUAUGAAAGUUAUCUUACAAAUCUCAUACAAAGUUUUACAAACAGUGAUGGACAAUUUCUUCUGGAAUUAUCGUUUUGA